AUGACUCUGAGCCAAAUUUUUUGAAAGAAAUUUAUUUGAUUUUGUUAUGAGUUGCACAAUGCGUGAAAAUAUAAUUGCUGAAAUAAGUCUAGAAAAUCAGAAAGAAUUUUCUUCAAAGAAUACUAUUUUCUAUGAACUUUAUACUAGAAAAUAAAAAGAAAAUAGAUUUAAAAUUUACGAAAAAGGGAAAUAAGGGUGCAGAUGUCAAGAUGAUGUCAGCUCCCGAUGAACGUGAAUCGAGUAGAAACAGAGUUCCGCCUAAUAAUUCUUACGUAAGCGAUUACAGAUGAUUUAAUUGAUCAAAUUAAGAUCUGUAAAAACCAGAAGAAUCAUAAUUGAAUGAAGUAUAUCUUGGUAAAUUUAAAUCACACAAUUUAUCACUAAAUAAAGCAAAAAUUAAGUUGAAAGCUAGAAAAUAAAGUUCUAGCAUCGCGGCGGCGAUGCACCAGAAUCCUAAGCAUUCGGGAGGAUCAUCGUGUAGUAUCCACAGCCUCGAAGGCUCUCCUUAGACAAGGACGACAUGAGCAAUCUCUAGAUCUCAUUGUGAAGUCUAGAGAUCAAUAAAAUAGGUCGUCGAAUCGUCUUCGGCGGCUGUCACUCGGCGGAGCAGAAAAACGGCAACUUUGUGAUUCCUCGGCGGCUGUCACCCAAUGGAGAGGAGCUGGAUGGAGGUGGGGCGCGUGUUAGGGAGCUUCAUCCUUAGGUCCCCGCAACAAGAGGAGGCUCUUCAUUGCAUCUGGUAUGCUCUCAGGAGGUGGCGACUCAUCUCUUGGCAGAUCGUCUUCUUUUUGACGACAGCUUUUUCGUCGAUCAAUUAGAGAUGCUUUACUCGAUGGAUUCACGAUCCUUUUAUCGCGAAUUGUUCAGCAAUUUAAGUAACAAUACUCCACGAAUCGCGUUGACGAGAUUUUCGCCGAUGAUCUAGUGAUUUUGGUUACUUAAUCCUUCACCGACGAUCUGUAGGAAAGUCGUGAUAAUCAAAUAAGAAAUAUAAGUUUUGGCUCUAGGAGGAUUCGAACCCGCGCCGAUCGCCCGUCCCUUUCUGGGGAAGGUGUGAUGUGGGUUUAAUCCCACAUCACUUGUGUGCCAAAGUUUUGGGUGAAUAUAUAGUAAUGUUACAUUUGAAAGCAAGUCCUUUUCUCGUGCGUGUAUGACCACUCCUUGCCCCACAACCGGUUGGCCACCAGUGACGUGGAAGGGGAGUGGCGCACACGUGCCCCUAUCAGUCCAAGCUGCUCGAGCCCCUACUCGCUGCUAA